AUGGUAAAACGGAUGUACGCCACGAUAAAAUUGUUGAUAUAUCUUGUUGUUCGUGAGGUUUAUGCAAAUUCUGAGUUCAAAGUAAGUAUUUUUGAAAUUUGUGAAAAAAAUUUGCUUUGGCAAAGUUAUUGCCAUUUUACGUUUUGUAAAGAGAGUACUUGCCAUUUUAAGUUAUGUAAAGAAAGUUCUUGCCAGUUUACGUUUUGUAAAGAAAGUUCUUGCCAUUUUUUGUUGUGUAAGGUUCAAUAAUAUUCAGGUGUACUGGAACGUCCCCGACCAUAUAUGCAACAACCGUACUCAUCCCGAAGAUUACGGUAUUACAGUAAACCAAGGGCACAACUUUCACGGUGAUAAGAUUGUCAUCUUUUAUGAGGAACAAUUAGGCUUAUUUCCAUUCUGUGCUGAUGACAAGUUUGACAAGAAGUGCUAUAUGAAAGCUACUGAAUGUAGGUAUCCAAGGAACGGUGGAGUACCUCAAGUAAGUAUUUUUGGGGGCAGGGGAGGGUAGAGUAAUGUAAAUGACUUUAAUGUUGGUAGGGUACAGGUAGAGGUAGUGUGGGGUAGGGUGGGGUAGGGUAAGGUAAGGUAGGGUAGGGUAGGGUAGGGUAGGGUACGGUAGGGUAGGGUACGGUAGGGUACAGUAGGAUAGGGUAAGGUAGGGGUAGAUAAAGUACAAUAGAGUACGGCACAGCUAAAACCAUUACAUUUCCGUCUAGGUUAGGUUAGGUUAGGUUAGGUUAGGUUAGGUUAGGUUAGGGUAGGGUAGGUUAGAGUAGGGUAGGGUAGGGUAGGGUAGGGUAGGGUAAAGCAAGGUAAGGCAGGCAGAGUAGGUUAGAGCACGGUAAGUUAAAGUAUGGUAAAGUAGGGUAGGGUAGGUUAGAGUAGGGUAGGUUAGGGUAGGGUAGGGUAGGGUAGGGUAGGGUAGAAUAGGGUAGGGUAGGGUGGGGUAGGGUAGGGUAAGCUAGGGUAGGGUACAGUACGGUAGAGUAUCAAAACUAAGGUAUUGAGACUAAUUAAUGUACUGUAACCUUACCAUAACCCCAUCCUUCUACAGUACCCAGCCCCAAUUUCAGAACGCCAACCUCACAGCACAUUUAGCCAAAGUAGUAUUCGAUAUCAACCUUCUCAUACCCAGCGUAUCUUUCGACGGCCUAGCGAUUAUCGACUACGAAUGUUGGCGACCAUUAUACGAAUACAAUUACAGUAACCGUAAUGUUUAUAAAAAGUACUCGAUAGAGUUGGCACGUCAAAAAUAUGGUAUAAAUGAUUCUUCGGCGGAGAAUGUAGCUCGAUAUGAAUUUAAUUCGGCUGCUAAGUAAGUUGGAAUUUGAGUGGAAGAUUUUCAGUGCAAAAUACAUUACAACUCUUCCACCAAACUUCCAUUUCUAAAAACCUUUGAAAACGUGUUUUUAGGGCAUUUUAAGACAUUUUAAAAUUGGAAGUUUGGUGGAUUUUUUUCAGUGCAAAAUACAUUACAAAUCUUCCACUGAACUUCCACUUUUAAAAUCUUGCUUUUCUUUGAAUUGUAAAGAAAUUUCUUGCUAUUUUAUGUUUUGUAAAGAAAGUUUUUGCCAUUUUUUGUUUUGUAAAGAAAUUUCUUGCUAUUUUAUGUUUUGUAAAGAAAGUUCUUGCCAUUUGUCGUUUUGUAAAAAAGUUCUUGCCAUCUUUUUACUUAUUUUUUCAAUUUCAGAAAGUUGUUCAUGGAAACCUUGCGUUUGGCCAAGCAAAUGAGACCAUUUGCCAAGUGGGGCUUUUGGGAGUACCCAAUAUGCAACUAUGAUGCUGGAUACGACGGUAGAAUCGAUUGCUGGCUACAGUAUAGGGUCUAUAAUGAACAGUAGGUUUAUCACUGAUAAGUUUUGCCGUCUGAGCUUUGUAAAGAAAGUUCUUACAAUAAUGAGUUUUGUAAAGAAAGUUCUUGCCAUUUUCUGUUUUUUAAAAAAAGUUCUUGCCAUUUUAUGAUUUUUAAAGAAAGUUCUUGCCAUUUUCUGUUUUGUAAAGAAAGUUCUUGCCAUUUUAUAUUUUGUAAAUAAAGUUCUUGCCAUUUUAAAUUCUGUAAACAAAGUUCUUGCCAUUUUAGACUUAUAGACCUACUAUCGCUGCAAGAUGCCCUCUACCCCCGAGUUUAUUUCACCUCAAAACGCCAUAAUGACUACAGUACCCAUACAAGGCAAUCCAUAGCUAGGAUUAAAGAAGCUCUUAGGCUCAACACCUUAUCAUUUCAAGUUAAUAAGCCUAUCUAUCCGUAUAUUGCAUUCGAAUAUUGGAAGGAUGGUGAAGACCAAUAUUAUGAGGCUGUAAGUGGAAACAAAGUUUUUGCAUAAACUAUUAAGUGCCGACAUAAAGAACCCGCCAUACUUUACCUGUAAUUUCCUGUAAAACAUGGCGGCUUCUUUAUGCCGGCACCUAUAAUAAAAAAACAACAAGAUUUUUGCCAUUUUGGGCUUAUGUGCCAGUUAUGAACACUUUAGGUGAGGAAAUCGUAUUUUACCUUCAGGACGACAUCUGUAACUCCUACAACAUACCAAUGCUGCUUGGUGCUGAUGGUGUAAUCAUAUGGUCGACCAGUAAUCGAAUGAUUUACAGAUGUAAUUCGAUUGAGAAUUACAUUUCGAACAUGUUGGGACCUUAUACUCAAGCAUUUUUACAAUUGGCAAAACAGUAGGUUUUAAACAUGUCAUGAUGACAGGUUUCUAUGACUUAAAGUUCAUCAUCGAGAUAUAUUUUUUAAAAAUUUUUAGCUUGAAAUGUUUAAUUGAGAUUAUUUAAUACAAUCUUUUGCUCAUUUCUAAGUUUUUGCAAUUUCUUGAUAACACAUUUUAUAGACGUUUUGUAUAAAAAAUGUGUCAUCCUAACAUGCGGUUACAGUUUCUAAAAAUAAAAAAAAUUAUUUUUCAUGGCAUCUCUGAUAUUCAAAUAACUAUAAAAACCAAAUUUUUAAUAAAUGUAAACAUGUCAAGAUGACAUAUUUUCCAGACAAAAUGUCUAAAAAACAUGUCAUCCCAAAAAGCCUGUAAACGUCAAGAUUUCAGAUGUUCAAUACAAAACUGCAAUUCUCAUGGUACUUGCACGAAUUUAAUGUACGCUGAAGCCAUGGAUUACUGUAGCUUCGCAUUACCACACGAUGUGUAUUGUAAGUGCGAAGAUGGCUACUACGGUAGGCAUUGCGAAUAUCAUGAAAAGUUCGUUUUUGAUAAUAAAACAUGA